AUGUCUUCUCCUUCCUGGAUAGUCAAUUAUAAUAUUAUAUCCGGUGCAUUGUGGUCCUUCGUGCUGGUUAACACUCUGCUGGUUGCAGUUCUGUACUCAGGCUACGAGGUUUUUGAUCUGACGUCCACCUGGAAUACGCUCAUUCAAUGCUGCGCUGUAGUGGAGAUCUACAACUCUGCAGUGGGCAAUGUGCGUUCACCUCUGGUCACUACAGUGAUGCAAGUGGCUUCCCGUUUGCUGCUUGUAAUUGGCAUCUUCACAAUUCUUCCGGAUUCUCCCGCAAACGCUCAUUGGUCGUACAUCACGAUGAUCACCGCGUGGGCCAUCAGUGAGAUUAUCCGGUACUAUUACUAUGCGGUCAACAUCCUGAGCGAGGGCAACCCGCCUGCCAUUCUGAAGUGGCUGCGCUACAACGCUUUUUUGAUUCUGUAUCCGGUUGGCAUCUCCAGUGAGUGCACUAUGAUCUACAAGAGCCUGGACGAGGCUGCGUUGGCGGUCGGAGAGUGGUACAAGUGGUUUCUCAUUGCGUGCUUGGCUGUGUACGUUCCUGGCUCACCGGGAUUCGCAGCCGGCAUAUCGCGCCGGUUCCAGUCUACGGUGCCCGACCUUACUCCGCUCAAGUACGAACAGAACCUGUACGCAUCGUUGCGCGUCCACAACAGACCGUAUCUGGUGACCAAAGGCGACGAGAUGAUUCUUCCGUUCCGCCUAAAGAACGCCGAGGUGGGCGACGUGCUCAACUUUCACGACGUGACUACCAUCGGAUCGCGCAACUACACCUACAACGUUUCCGGCUCCAUCGACCCUAGCAUUUUCACCAUCAAGGCCGUCGUGGUGGAAAAGACCAAGAAACCGAUGUACGUGAAGGAAAUCACUAAGCGCAGAAACAGACACACGAGGCACGUCAAGGUGAAACACGACUACACCGUUCUGCGCGUGUCGGAGCUCAAGCUGAACAUAUAA